AGUAGCUGGAAGCUUUUUAAUGUAUUAAAAAGUAAAUUUAGUAAUGUAAAUACUCGCUCUCAAUUGUAAACACUAGUGCUUGAGAUAAAUAGAAAUUCGUUAUUCGCAAAUAAAAAUUCGUUAAUUUUACUCAACUUUAGGGGUUAUUAACUCUAAAAAGAAUUGUGAGCAUGUAAACUUUUCUUUAUCAAUCACCAAUGGAUUUUACUAUGUGCUCAUUUACUUAAAGAAUUCUUAUUUUUCUUACCGUAGAAUUGCUCACUAAAAAUGAAGCCUCAUAUAUGUUCAGCAUGUAAUAAAGCAUUCAGUCAUGUUGGUAAUCUUCGUCAACAUAUGCUGACUCACACUGGGGAAAAACCUCAUACAUGUGAUGUUUGUGGACGAGCUUUCACCCAUGUUAGUAACUUAAGACAGCAUAUAUUAAUUCAUAGCGGUGAAAGGCCACACGUAUGCAGCGAUUGUGGUAAAGGAUUCACUCAUCUGAGUAAUUUACGCCAACACAGUUUAGUUCAUUCUGGUGAGCGACCACAUUCAUGUGUCCAAUGUGGAAAGAGUUUUAAUCAUCUGAGUAACUUACGGCAACAUAUUCUUACUCAUUCUGGUGUUAAGCCACAUGUAUGUGCUAUAUGCAACAAAGGUUUCACUCAUUUAAGCAAUCUCAAACAACAUAAUUCUUCACAUCGUAAUGAAAAGACUCAUCAAUGUUUCGUGUGUAAAAAUAAUUUUAAUUCUUUAUCUGAUUUACAACAACAUUAUAUUAUACAUGUGGCUGAAAAAACUGAUUGUAAAUUGAUUGGGGUACAAUCAAGUAUAAACAUCAUUCAUCUAUAAAUUUUGUUAAUAUUGUAUAGAGAAAUAGCUGCCAGAAUUUAAUUUGUAUAAUGAUUCAUUAAUGUACUUAUCAAUAAAAUAUUAUUUGCAUAUA